AAUUUAUCAACCCAAUAAAAUCUUUUUCUUUUUCUUUUUCAUUUUUCCCUUUUCUUUUCUUUUGUAUCCUGUAUCUCUCGAUUCCACUCUCUCACGCACCGGUUCUCGCCCUUCCUAAGAUCCGGCGUCUCUUCGCCGUCGACCACCACGACGACCACCCUCAUCUCUCUAUCCAAUUUCUCUCUCUCAAAACCCCCGCUCCGUCCCAGCUCUGCAAGCAGCAGUGCGCGACUGCGCCGCGCCACCGCCCUCGCCUAGCCUUCCCUGUCGCCCCGCCCCCGCCUCCUUCGGCCUCGGCGUCUCCGACCGCUGAAUCUGCAGUAGCAGCAGUUUCCAAAGCCCAAUUUCCGGUAUUGUUGGAUAUUUUGCAAUGGCUGAUGAUUUCGAUCCAUUUGAUGAUAUAUUUGGUGAUGAACCAGUGAAGAAUGCUAGGGUAGUAGGAAAGUUUCGUCCCAAGCCAAAGUUCCAACCACAGAGGAAGGUCUCAGCAAAAAGUUCAGUUGCUACCUCACUGUCAGUCCAAACUGUUCAUUCUGCACCGCUUGACUCAAGUGAACCUAUCCACACUGUGAAGCCGUUGGAGCAAUGUUCGAAUGUUCUGCCUACUGACAAUGCAAAACGGGCAGGCCAAACCAUUGAUUCUGCACCUAGAGAGUUGAGUCAACCUAUUAUGAAUGCAGAGCUAUUGGAGCAUGGUUCGGAUGCUGUGCCAAAUGACAAAUCAGACUCUACCAAUACAUGUAAGGUGGCUGAUGUUACUAAAGAUUCUGACGUGGCAGCAGAGGUAGAUGCCUUAGCUGCUGGUGAGCGUAUAGUUUCAAGUGCUGAUGUACAUGAUGACAUAGACGGUAGAGGAGUAAUAGAGGGGAUGGAUUCUAUAAAUAUGACCGAGUUAACCACUAAAUCUGAACAGGGAACAGGAAAAUUUCAGCCUGGGCCAAAUCUGCAAAUGCAAAAAAACAUGUAUGAACCAAGCAACUCUACUUCCUACUCACUUGAUUUUCAAGCUGGUUCACUUCAACCAGAUUCUGCAGAAAAUAAUUUUAUCCCUACAUCACAAAAUGAUGAUGCUGUUGAUCUUUCAUCACCGGGAUUCACUCAUACUUUACCCACUGAAUCGACAUCUGAACUUCCUUUGGAUGAAGAGUCUAUGAAUCUGAAGGAGGUGCCUCAAUCAGAUUCAUUUACCCAUAUGGAGGGGUUGCCUGAAAUUCCUGCUAAACUAGCUUCUCGUCGAGCAAAGACCAGAAAUAGUAAAACCAAUGCUGCGUCCGAUCCUAAUCUCCAUCAGCAGAAACCUUCCACAUCGAGUCAGGAGAAUGGAACUAGUAGAUCACUACGCCCAAGGAAAAGGGAUACAAGUUUCUGUGAAUUAGUAGAUGAGGAUGGGGAUGAAACCCUUGCCAGUGGGGAGAAUUGUGAAGAGCGUCCUUUCAGUUCUGCAAUAGAUGAAGAAAACUUAAAUAAUGAGCAACCUCAGGUAGAAAGUGAAUCACAAAAGAAAAACUCGAAGCGGAAGUCAAAGAAAACUGAGAAUGAUAAAGACAAACCACCUAGAAAGAACAAGAAGGCCAAGGAGGCAUCAGAACAGGAGACACGUGCAAAGAAGAAAAAGUUCUCUCACUCCACUCAGCGGAGACGGAUUUUGGAUAAGAAUUUGCUCAACAUUCCUGAAGAAGAAUUUGACCCUCGAGAGGUUUCUUUUAGGGAUUUGAUUCUCCUUGCAGAGCACAGGGAGAAGCAGAUGAAAACAGGACAGGCUACUGCACCUGCAACACACCAAAGUACUGGUAAUUCAGAUUAUAAUAAUGAACCAGCUGGACAAUAUUAUAAUGACCCGGCUGGACAGUAUAAUAAUGAUGAAGAAGAUGGCCCUAUUGCUGAAGAUACCACAGAAUAUUUCAAUUAUCAGUCUAGAAUGGAAAAGACACCCAGAGUGAGAUGGUCAAAACAGGAUACUGAACUAUUUUAUGAGGCCGUGCAGCAGUUUGGGACCGACUUUUCUAUGAUAGCACAGCUUUUUCCUGGCCGUAGCCGGGAACAAAUAAGGAACAAAUACAAAAAGGAAGAACGGCAGUACCCACUGAGGCUUCGUGAAGCCUUGACUAACCGCGGCAAAGAUCUUUCCUAUUUUGGAAAGGUGAUAGAGAAUUUAAAUAAAAUAAGAGAGCAAGAAGAGUUGGAAGAUUGCACAAGCACCGAAGGGGGUCCUGAUGAGGAGGCGUCCGAUGCCGAUGAUGAUGGUGGAAAACACGAACAUGUUGAGGAAGAGGAGAAUGGGGACGCAGCAAAUAACUUCACCGAGGUUCAAACUGCUGCUAAGCCGGAGACGGAGAAGGAGGAGGUGGUGGUGGAGGAGGAGGAGAAUGAAGAAGAUGAAAUGCUGUUAUGGAGCCAGUAUAAGAGUGACAUGUAAACAGUUGGGUAAACAUUUAUGAUGCAAGCUUUUUCAGUAUAGUGAAAUUGAUUUUUGUCACGUUCAUACAAUAUUGGUUAAUUUACUGCAAUUUUGCGUCAGGCAGUCGUGUUAGAUUUUGCAUCUAACUGGGAUUCUAACAUAGGACUUGGACAAUGUAAUUUGGUCUCAAAACCACCAGGCCAGUGGAGGGAAAGGUUUUAUAUCCUUUAUAUUAAAUUUGAGUUGACAAGUAGAA